UUAUUUUCCCCCGAUCUAUCUAUCAAUCUAUCUUUCUUCUUCUACACACUCCAUUACCAACACAAAACUCUAAUUAAUCAGAUCAUCGCUCUUUUUUUUUAUUCCAGAUCUGCACUUAUCAUCUCCCAUGGAAUCGCUGAUUUCGAAGAAUGUUAAACCGGGGACUCCGGUUAAGGAUCGGAGCAAGUCGUCUCAUCUGGAGAACGCGAACCCUAACGUCUCUCUCGCUAAGUCCCCCCUCGCGAAAUCCUCAUCAUCAUCGCCGAUCGUGAAAUCCGCUAAUCCGAAGCGAUCGGCGCAGAAGAAUCAGAAUCAGAGUCCGAAUCCGAGUCCGAAUCCGAAUCCGAAACCUAGCCAGGCGGUUUUCUCGCCGCGGAAUCGGAUCAGGGAGAGGAGGUUCGUCGUGGUGGCGAAGAAGAACUCGAGGAAAGGGAAGAAGGAUCCGUCGCCGCCUGCCGCGGGGACUACUACCACCGUUCCCGAGAUCGAUUGCAGAUGCGGGGAGAGGAAGAAAGGGAGCGCGAAGUGCGUUUGCGUCGCGUACGAGACGCUGCGUGCUUCUCAGGAGGAGUUUCUCAAGAAACGAAGCGAGUCCGAGGAGAAGGAGGAAGGAUGUAAUCUUGAAGAGGUAGAAGGUGGAGAGGAAUCGCUGGAGCCGGAGAUGAUAGGCGCUUUGAAGAGGACGAGGGGUAAAGUCGUGGAGGAGUCGCGGAGGAGCGUGCCUGAAUCUGGUAAAGUGAUGAAUCUCGUUGAAGCGUUUGAGAAACUCACUUGCUUCAGUGCCAACAAGGAAGAAGAGGAGCAAACCGUUGGGGAUGUGAGACAGCAAUCUAAGUUGUGGGAGGGAGAGAAAGAGGCACACCACACGUGGAGUUCUUCGUUUUGUCCAAAUGAACUGGUUUUGACUGCUAAGAGUCUUGGUUUAGAUCCCAAAGCCUCGGUCUCGUCGUCCUGGGACAGCAGCCACAACAGUGUUUUGAGUGGGAUGUCAAAUGCUGGGAGGAGAAGCAGAAGAAAUAGCUUGGACUCGUCGACUACAAUGGGAAGCAGAAAAUCGAAGAAGAAGCAGGUUAAGGUUACUUCAUUGAAGCCUUUCAAACUUAGAACUGAGCAAAGAGGUAAGGUGAAAGAGGAAGAGUUUGCCAAGAAGCUCCAAGAGAUAACAAUGGUGGAAGAAAAGAUGAGAAUCCCCAUUGCUCAAGGUCUUCCAUGGACAACUGAUGAACCUGAGUGUCUGGUUAAGCCCCAUGUGAAAGAUAUUACAAUACCAGUUGACUUGACGCUCCACUCAGAUGUCCGGGCAGUAGAACGCGCAGAAUUUGAUCAGCAGUGUGAAUAUGCUGUUCUAGGUUGCAGUGAAGAUGAGUUUCAUCGAGCAAUACAAAAUGGAAAGAGAGAAAGAACAGAAGCUGGCGGAGGAAGAAGAGAUAAGACGGCUGAGGAAAGAAUUGGUCCCAAAGGCGCAACCAAUGCCAUACUUUGAUCGACCAUUCAUUCCCAGAAGGUCGAACAAACAUCCAACUGCGCCAAGAGAUCCCAAGUUUCACAUACCGCAACACAAGAAGAUCAGAUGCUGCGGUUCAUCUUCUUGUAGUGAAACUGGCUCUUACCUGAGCGAUUUCAAUUAUCAAUUUCUCUAGUUUUUGGUUACACUUGCGUUGGUUUUGGUUCUUUCUUUAGAACUGUCACAAUAUUGUAGUUUUUAAAAAUAAAGUCUCCAAAAAUAUUCAUUUGCGUACGCUUAUAUAAACAUUCAC